AAACGUGAAAUAAGCGCGCGAUGCGAUAAGCAAGGACACGCUUUGCCGUUGCUCUCGAUCCGCCGCGCGCGUGCGAGCGUAAACAGCUGACCGGCUGGGGUGACGAGCUCACGAGGGUCCGUCUUAAUCGUGCCCUCUCCUCCGCGAUCGCCGAUCCCAGGAAUCCCAGGAUCGGUGCGACUGGCUGACUGGCGACUGGAUCGGGGAAAGCUCUGUUAGCGGCUGUUGGUUAACCUUGGCUGUAACGUCGGGGCCGUCGGGGAGGCAUCUGAUUCGCGAGACAGCACAGUCAGUGUACUUAAUUCGACUUAAUUGACGAGGCGGCGUAUGGUCGGUGUAUGCCUUGGUGCACGUCUCGGAGUAUCAACUUGGAGCCCACCUUUAUGGAGCUAAUAAUAUUAGCGCGUGACACAGUUAUGAAGCUGUUGCACUCGUAAUCGUCGCGCUCACGCUUGUUAUGCGCUCUCCGAGAUAUACCGUCGGCCCGAGUCUGAUAACCUUGAAUAUAUCGGCGAUCGCGAGUCGGCAACAUCGGCACCGAAGCUAAGCCCCGCGAGCCUCGAGCGCGAAUAGUGAGGGGGCGAGAGGGGCCGAGGAGAGGUGUCAGGAGGGAGGCUGGGCGCUAACCUAAGAUGCGAACGUCCGUGAACGUUGACGCGCUUAUAUUACUGGCCAUUCAUCUCUCGUACUGGUCCCUCGGCACGGUAGCGGCUAGCGGCGGAGCUCUCGACUCUACCCCGACCUUCCAAACCAGUGCCUCGAGCACUCCACAUUCCAAGAUAGCAGCCGCCUUCUCCGCCACCCUUACCAAUGGACUGGCCCAGGCGGUGGCACACGAAUCCACUACAGACACCUGCAACGACGACCUAGCGUGCAUCACCAUGGCUUCUCACGACCGAUUAGGCUUGGAGGCUAUCAAGUCCCUCCACAGCCAAUUGGACGACGACGCCAACGGCAACGUCGACUUAUCUGAAUCGGAUGACUUUCUGAGAGAGGAGCUGCAGUACGAGGCUGGUUACGAACGGAGACAGAGGGCUUUCCACCACAAUGACGAUAUGCAUAUUAGUGUGCGAGAACUCUGGGAAGCCUGGUUGCGAUCAGAAGUUCAUAACUGGACUAUCGAGCAAACGUCAGAAUGGCUAACUUCCAACGUUGAGCUUCCUCAAUAUGUUCCUACUUUUAUACAGCACCGUGUGACCGGUGCUACGCUUCCUCGAUUAGCUGUGAACAAUAUGCAUUAUCUUAGCAAUGUUUUGGGCAUCAAGGAUCCUAUCCACAAGCAAAAAAUUGCUCUUAAGGCAAUGGACGUUGUUCUCUUUGGACCCCCCAAAGAUACGGGACAUAAUAUCAAAGAUUUGGUACUGGUUACGUUAUUAUUUGGAGCACUUAUUGGAUGCUGGUACGCGUAUCAACAAAAGAAAAAUUCACAAAAGCAUCUUCAUAGAAUGAUGAAGGACAUGGAAAGUUUGCAUAAAGCAGAACUCGCGCUGGAAAAUUUACAGAAAGAACUGGAAAGAGCAAGAAUGGAACAAGAAAGUGCGGCUACCGAGAAGCAAAAUUUGGAAAAACGUUUGCAAGACGAAAGCUUGGGAUUACAUACUUCGUACUCGGAUCUUGAAGUGUCGCAAUUGAAAGCGGAAAUCGAAAUGUUGAAGUUGGAAUUGCAACGUGCUGAGGGUGAGCUCGAAGACAGGUGCUGGUCACCACCAGCCGGAUUGCAGCACUGGCUACAAAUGACUCAUGAAAUUGAGAACAAGGCAUAUACGAAUAAAAAGAUAUCAGCCGAAAAACAACUUCAACAAGCACGAGAAGCGUGCGAAAAAUUGCGAAAGAAACGUUCCAGCCUGGUGGGUGCUUUUGUUUCGACUCAUGGGAAGUCUAUCGACGAUGUCGAUAAGAGCAUUGUUGAAGCAAGAACCUCAUUGAAUGAAGUGACAAACGAGUUGAAGGAAAGAGUACAUCGUUGGAAGCAGAUUGAAUUACUCUGUGGUUUCAAUAUAAUUAACAAUAAUGGUUUAAAUUACCUGGAGACAGUUUUAUACCGAGGGACACCGAAUGGUAGAGGUCUCGGGCUCAGAGGACGACUUAGUAGCCAAGAUGAUUUAGAUGACGAGGCGAGUUCGAUGUACGCAUCAUCGUCGGUCAGUGCAGUCGCUGCAGGUAUUUCGGAGAAUUCAGCGUGGAAGGAAUCAUCGGUACCGCCCGGUGGCCGAUUUGGAAAUGAACUCUCCGAUUCUUCGAGCAGCGAAGCGGAGAAAGAAACACUCGGGGUCGUCCACUUUGUGCUAGGUGAUGGACCAGAAGAACCCGUUGGAGCCUCCGGAAAAACUGCGCCGUACAAAGAAAAGUCCAGCAUUGUACGUUCUUACAGCCAGGACACAAACAUACUGGUUAGCGAGGACAAGGCUUUGUCGGUUCUGCCGAAAACGUCGUAUUCGGAAAAUUCACUCGACAUCUCGGAUAGGUCCAGUUGUCGUCCUGCAACAGCGGCGGCGGCGACGACGACGACUACAACUACAGGCGCCAAGAAAUUAUUUAAAGAAUUACCUACGGUAAUGUCAGUCGACGAUGAGACACUCUCGACCGAUUCCAAUUCUACCGCCGACAACGAUGAACUUAAACGAAGGCGCAGAAAGCUACACUUUCCAGCCUUUAGAAAGAACAAAACUAAAAUUACGUGAUGUCCGCUAGUCACAUAAUCUCAUUUGUUACUUAAUUGCUAUCCGUUACAAUUAGUUGUAAUCGCGACAUGCACUUGAGAAUUAUUUUACCAGUAAUUAUUAAUUGUUAGCUACUAUUAUUCACGCGACAGACGCAAUACACAGACAAUAUAUAAAACAUACACGUACACUCUCUUUCUCUUACUGGGUUUUUUUUUCUUCCUUUGCGCGCGUAUAAACUCACGGAAAUGUAACGAUCGUUCAGGAUGUUUGUUGACCCCGGUGUUCCUUCCACUUUGCCAAACUUGCGUAUGCGCAAAAUAAUAACGAGACACAAGUCAACGGAUACACCACGGAAAGACAUCCGACCUAGAUAAAUAGAUUUUUAGAAUUGCAAUAUUGAAAAGUUUUAAUAUUGUGGCAAUAUAUAUUUUCGGUAUGUACUUUUUAGGAGACUAAACGUUCUCCAAGCCGCAAACUUUUAUGAAAUAAGAUUUUUUCACGAUGACGCUAGUAAUAAUAAUAAUUAUCGUUAGUGUAAUCUUUUUUAUCCGCGAUUUAAUUCCGUAGCUUUAGUCAUCGUCUAGAUACUGGACUGGGCACAAAUUUAAUGUUGAGAAUACACCCAGCUCUCUUUUCACGUUCCGCGAAAGAAGAAAUCACAUUAUUUGUGAUAAAACCGUGCGCAUUCUGUUAAGUUACUUAUAUGAUUGACAAUGAAUUUGACAAUUUUUCGAUAAUUCAUCAUUAAGAAUUGCCAGUAAGAUCUGUAUCUGUACAUAUGUAUACACGAGAGAUUACAAGAAAGUUUUCGCAAAAUUACGCGCAAGCAAGAAGCUGCGUAAAAAGAGAGUCGGGCGUAGACCCUUGUCCGUGUGUCAUUUGCUUUUACGUAUCAUAUUAUGAGGAAUGAUGCACAAAGGCAACAUGGUGGCAAGGGUGUCCUCGUAAAAUGAUAUUCAAGUUAUUCAAAUUAUCGUUAAUUCUCGUACCGUCCGUAUAUACUGGCAAUACAUGUGAGUUACUUGGGCACUUUGGCAAAGCGAAAACGUUAUAAUACAAAUUUUAUACAUUUGUACAACGUGUACUUGUAUGUAAAGUAGAUUGUUAAGUACCGUGCAAGAUUUUAUCGCAAACGCGCGCUUAAAUAAUAGCAAAAUGACUUUUUCCAUAUCUUUGUACAGAGACAUAUCCCAACAGACAACAUUGGAAUUUCCACUUGAAACCUUGUAAUUUUCCAUUGUCUAAAUUACAUCUUCAAACUGUAAAGAUCUUUAUGCAAGUAUGUAUAAUAUUCGUUAGAUUCUUAAAAGAUUAGCUGUACAGUCGUAUGCUACACAGUCGUAUAGAAUUUUCAGUAAAUUUAGAUUGUUUCAGAGUGAGCAAUUUCAAAGCCCUGUUUCUUUCCAUAUGUUUUUGCUUUAAAUCUUUGACGCCGCUAGAACGUAACUAUAUUAUUGUGUACAUACAUAGACAUAACUGAUAUAUUUUAACGUCUUUACAACUUCACUUUUUAAUGCACCUAUUGUCAGCUUAGAAUCAAAUGACUUGCAGAAUAACUUACAUCAUAGUGAGUCUGGAACUGGUAAUUACUCUGGUAAUUUUAGUGAUUUCUUAAAAAAAUUGCCGCUUAUUUUACGCUCGCGCGAACGCGUUAUUACAAUUAUAUAACAGUUUCUCAACAUGCUAGAUUCGUUUGCAGAUGAUGUUUUGUCACGUUAGUCUAUCUGAAUCGUAUUGAAUUCUAUGCCUUUGUGACAUGCUCAAAUAGUCGUACCAUUUCCGUCUUUAUGACAAAUUUAUUUUGAGUAACUUUGGUAAACAUUUGUAAUUAUGUGAUCAAACUGACAUAAUUUCAGUAUAAAGAUUUAGAACGUUUCAAAUUAUAAACUUGUGAUUUUUUUUUCUAAAAACAAUAUGAUUAGCUAAUAAUUAUAUAACAUGCUUUGUAUUAAUUUUGUAUAACGACAAGUAAUUCUUUAGAAUGCUGUAUCGUUAGCAAUUUGCUCAAAUUUGUCAUCUUUGUACAGAAAUUUAUGAACCAAUUAAAAAAAUAUACUAUGAGACUGAAAUGUGUCAGCUUUGUCACAAGUAUGGUCGUUAGCCCUCCAUAAAACGUUCUUCCUUAGAGAUUUUUGAAGCAAUGAAUCUAUAUCUACAAAGGACAGUUUCUAAGGCUAUGUAUAUUACCUCUAUAUGUUAUUUUGAAAUGAAUGAUAGAUCUGACCUUAUUACCUAUUAAGCAGUAUGAGUAAAGUUAUACGAGGAUUUGAUUCGCACUGCGUAUUUGCACUCCGUACAAAUCUUCGUUGAAGUUAUACAUAUAAUACAUAAAUAGAUAUAAUUUUAUUAGUAUAUUCGUAUUUAAAUUAUUAUAUUCUUGAUAUAAUCUUAUGGUGUCGCUUGCAAAUGCAAUGCAACGUCUUCCUUGGUACAUUUUACAGAAAUAAAUGAAUCAAGUUUAAAGAAUUGCCAAACAAAUAACCGAACGUACAUAAAAUAAAGUAGAAUUACAUUU